UAGCGAAGCGGCUUCGGGACAUAAACAACAGACUGUUCCCUUGUACUCUAUUAUGCUCCAACCUAGUCAAGUUUCCUGACUUAUUAACAGGGCGGCGCAAAGUUAACUUCCAUAAAAGUCUAUUGCAACGUUACCGGCCCAAGGUCAGACAUGAGGCUCUGCUCCCUUCUUCUGCUCUGCCUGGCAGCAUACCUGUCAUCCUCCUAUGUGAUUUCCCCUCCACAUAUGUGGACCAAACUGAUCCUGACUCACCACUGGCCAAGCACCUUCUGUGGUAUGGAACACCCAGUCUGUCAUCCCAACAUCAGCUACUGGACGCUACAUGGACUCUGGCCAGAUAAAGGGAUUGACUGCAAUUCAUCAUGGCAUUUCAACUCUUCUGAAAUAGAGGACCUGCUUCCAGACAUGAAGAAGAGUUGGCCAGACUUGUUGAGCCCCAUGUCUACUGGAUUCUGGAAGUAUGAGUGGCACAAACAUGGUACAUGUGCAGCCAAGGCAGAGUCUCUGGAUAGCCAACAUAAAUACUUCAGCAAGGCCCUGGAACUAUACCAUAAACUGGAUUUGGACAGCAUCCUGACGAAGUUUGACAUCAUCCCUUCAGAAAAUUACUACAAACUUUCACAAAUUGAAGGAGUCAUAGAGAACUUCUACAGCGUCAAGCCUAAGAUCCAAUGUGUCCAUCCGUCAAAGAAUGCAGGUUUUCAGAUUUUGGGGCAGAUUGAGAUCUGCUUCCACUCUGACUUCACCCUCCUGGACUGUGAGAAACAUUUAACAACAACACCUAAGGGACACUUGGACAAUCACAUCGCAGUCGACAAGACAUCUGGGUUCAGUGUGUGUGACCAGGAUGUGCCCGUUUACUACCCAACACCUUCAUAAAAGAACAUACGACCGAAACCGAACAGCACACUACAACCCUAAAUACACACACACACACACGCGCACACACACAGACUCACAUUAAACAAAUCAACUGUACUGUGAUUUGGCAUUUGCGCACAACAUUUUUUUACUGCAUUUAAAUGCUUGUGGGGACAGUUACUUUGCUCCAGGAAACUCACGCCGCUACCAAGUAGUGCUUUAAUGGAAUUAAGUGCCUUCCUGACAGCUGCUGGUAGAUGAAUCCGAUAUAGUGCACAGCAUGUUUCUUUCCACGCCUCAACAGGGGGCAUUGUGGUGAGUUUAGGUCAGGUGGGUGGGCAGAUUGGACAGUUAAUAUAUGACAUCUUGUUGGCGAAUGAAUGGAGCCUUACAUCAGAUUUGCAGGUGACUCUUGGUCUAUGUUAUCGGUAGGUUAUAUGUCAAUCUUUCGUACAUAAUCUUUUAAGGACUGGGAAUAUUUUAUACCACAUUUGUGUGUUUAUGUGCCUCUUGAUUAUUGCUAUGAUAAGUGAAUUCAUCCAAUGCAUCAUCCUGAAAAUAGCUUGGUUUUCUUAUUGUUAAAUCACUACCCAAAUAUUAUAGGGUCACGUGCACAUUGUAAAUGGCUUUGGGGGCAAAGGUGGUCGUUUUUUAGUCAUUAUAAACGUGUGGUAGUUAUUGCUACCUUUUGAAGUUUGCCUAGUACAUACAUCAUUAUUCAGUGUUUUGUUAUAGGCCUGUCUAUUGAUAUUAAGGACUGCUACUCAUAUAGAGAACUUGAAAAAAAUAGCCUAAACAUUAUGUAUGGAUUAAAAAGUACAAAUAAAAUGUGUUCAAAAAAGAAUAUAUUAUGUGUAAAUUAAAUGCUUUUGUUUCUUUUACAUUGUUAUUGUACGUUAAUAUGAGUUAACAACCUCAAAGUACACUAUAAACAAUAAUUUAAAUAAGAUGUCAUACAAGGUUAUUAUGCACCAUUUGUGUCACACAAGCUCUAGGCCUGUAGAGAUAAAAUAGUUGUUGCAAAUAUUUAAGCUCUAGGCCUGUAGAGAUAAAAUAGUUGUUGCAAAUAUUUUUCUAAACACUUGAAUCCCCCACAUGUUUGUACAAUGGCUUGUUUCUAUUUUUCCUGUUUGGCUAUGGCUACUCUUGUGCAUGUAUAAAUCAAUUCAGUGUAAGUUAAAAGGCAAAAUAAUGAUUAUAAUUGACAGCUACAGUAGACAAAUGCUGUGGUGCCAAGUAACUACUGAAAUGAACAUUUGUACUUCCAUUGUUUUAAUGUCAAUAAAACAUUCAAUAUCUA